GCACUACAAAUGUCUGCGAUAUAUCGCGGUUUAUGCCGGAUCGGUGACAAGUACAUUUAUCCAGUUUUGCCUUCAUUUGCAAAAGCAGUUUGGAAUCAUGAAGCUGGCCCAAAAACCGUAUUUUUUUGGGCGCCAACAAUUAAGUGGUGCCUUGUUGGAGCUGGUGUGUCCGAUUUUACUAGACCUGUUCAGAAGCUUAGUGUUUAUCAGAAUGCUGCAUUGUGUGCAACGGGAGCGAUCUGGGCGCGGUACUGUUUCGUGAUUGUCCCGAAGAAUUAUUAUCUCGCUAGUGUAAAUAUUUUCCUCUGUCUUGUUGGUUUGGUUCAACUUCUACGAAUCGCAAAUUUCGAAUGGUUCUCCAGCGAAGUGGUCUUAUACUGA